AUGGCUAGGUUUAAGUUCCUUUCCAACAUCGUUUGGAUCGUAUUUUUUCUGGGACUAUUUCCUACAGAUUGUAAGGAGUUAUGUGCCCCUGGAUCUGAUGAGUUGUGUCAUCACUUAGCUUCGCCGGCAGAAUUCUCUCUUGUGGAAGUGGUACCCCAAGAUGACAAAGUACGCAUGAAAUUCUCCUUUUACAUAUCUUCGGAUCUAAAACCAAUUACAGAUGACAACAAGUUGCAAAUGGUUUUGUUGCCACCUAUUGAUUUCAAGUUUGAAAAGGAGGUGGAAUCAUUUGAGACGUUCCCAAGCUAUAAGGAUCCUGCCAAGGUUCCUAAUGACCCAGUGGUAGACUACUACAAAAAACUGGGAAAGGAACUUGAUUCGAGAGCAUGCCCCAAAAAAUAUGUGUCGGAGAUCUUGACUUUGAUGGACAAACGUUACAGCAGUGCAAUGGGCAUAUACACAAAGGAGAGUAGUAAAUCGUAUAUUUACCAGUGUAAAUAUGGUACCAUAGGUGAUUCUGGCGAUUUGAUUUAUCUGAAAAAAGAUUGUAAGGAACUAAAAAAAGGAUAUUACAUGUGGAGUGGUGAGUUUAGUUACAGUAAAGAUUUAGGUAAGACGAACUGUGCCAACCAAGGAACCAAUUGGUUACUAGGGUUCAUCCAUGAUGGCAAGGGGCUUAGCAUUGAUCAAAUGACAGGCAUAUGUAUAAAUACAGAUGCUGUAAGCGCAAACAUAUUUUUCGAAAAAAUUGGUUAUCUAAAAGCAGUGUUGGCUUGCCAUGGAAAAAGAAUCCCCCUUCAUGAUUUUAUUAAACCAAAAUAUUCGUCACAUUGGAGCGUCGAUACAAAGUAUACAAUCACCUCUUUGAAGCAAAAAAAACUUGACCUUUCCUAUUAUUUCAUACUUUAUCCAGAUCUUAAGGAAUGGCUUAACAGUCGACAUAUACUACGCAUCAAGUUUCUUGGCGCACCUUAUUCGGAAACAUUGUUUAGUGGUGAUUUAACCGAGAAAAUAAAAGUGUCUGAACCAAAAAGUUCACGUACUGCAGUGACCUACGACGCCUCGACACAAACCGUGUCGGUGCAGUUUAAAGGACCUGUUGCAAAAUCCUAUGAAGACUACAAACUGCAUAUUUAUCUGGAUGAACUGUACGAUAAACACCCAGAAAUCAGAGAAAUUUCGUUCGCCAUAGAUAUACCCGGACCAGAACCAUCUAUGGAUCAAUCCCACCAACUCCAGUCGCGCUUGGUAUCCCAACAGAAAUCAUUCGUAAAAACUGAACGAGAUAAGAAAACGGAUACAUGUCAAUCAUUAGUCAAGGAAAUGUAUUCCAAGACAUUGGAACUGAGACAGCUGCGUUAUCGCAGGAUUGCAGAGGCGGGGCCCUUUAAAAUCUAUCCGCUAGCAUACCCGAAGCCUCUGUAUGGCUACGUAAGUAGGUCUUCCCCAGGAAAAUAUUUGUUAUCAUUGAACAUCGAUAAGGACCUUGUUUCGGUCGAUGAUGGUGGUAUGGUGUCCGUGGAGCUUCCGAAAUCAGUUGUAUCCUAUGACGCGAGAUAUUUCGACGGUGCGGCGACUACAGAUGCAGAUAUUGGCGACUCCCUUCACUACGACCCAGUGUCACACAGUGUGACUGUACGUCUAAGAUCUAUAUCUCUUGAUAAAAAAUCCCAUGGAAGCUAUGAGGGGUAUGUCGUUCCCAUACCUUUUACAUCCUCCGUUCCAUAUAAAACCCUCAUGGAUGAAAAGCAAUGGCUUGCUGCUAUUUACAAAAAAGACGUCCUAGCUGGAUACACACUUAUAAGUAUUCAAAGUUCGAGUGACUUCAGUGAUUCUGAUCAAAGAUACGUUAAGAAACAGGGAGGUGAUGGCUAUGUCAGAGGUAUCCAUUAUCUUCCUGCCAAUACAAAGACUAAGUUUGUGGUGACGGUACAUACGAGUGUUUAUCGGGAUAUGUUAUUCACUUUUACAUUUGCGAAGAAGGUCAUUGAGGAAAAGCGCUGCAACGUAUCUGUCGUCGACAAAGCUUCACUUUUUGCGAAGACACUAUGUUCCAAAGAUGGUACCAAAAUAGCCUUUUAUCUACAGAAUGCUGAUUAUUACGUUGGUAAGAAGGAGAGUUUAACCUUCUUCCUUGAGUUGGACUCUAGCGUCCUAGAAAUCAAGGGGUAUGGUGAUGUGACAAUUUCAGCUGUUGUCAGUGACGCCCCGAUUGUCCAACUUAAAGACAUAGACUUGUCUAAGGGCUUCGAUGAUCUAAAAACAGGUAAAUUUAGCAUCUUCCAGGAACACAUUGCCCUGAAAGAUGUCAAAGAUGCCAGCACCUCGCCCAGCGCCUGCAUCGUCUAUACUAACCGUCCGCUUACCGUUAACUUCAAGGACCACAGUCGUGCUGUGUAUUACUUAACUCGAGUCCAGGACUGUGACAAGCCUUGGCUACCACCUCACGGAUUUGACGAAAGUGAUGCAUUUUCGUUAGAGCUCGCAAGUGGUAAGGACAUGGCGUCAGGGCACUCUACAAUACAGGAGGUCUACCGACUGAAAAGUUUAUAUGCAGAACCCAGUUACGCCGAGGUGCUCGCAAUGAAAUCAAAACAAUUCGCGGAGCAUACUUUAUAUAUUCUGUUCACUAAAGAAACAAUGGAAUUGCUUAUUACCUCGGUACCUUCUCUUCGUUUAUGCUAUGCAGGCCUGGAUUGUAUAGAAAAGUUUUUGACCGAUAUACCAGAUAAGCAGUAUCCAAACAUAUUCGGUGACAUAAAGUACGCUUAUUACGACGAUUCGAGAAAUGCUUUACAUAUUAAGAGAAAGGCGUUGUUCCAGGAAGAUGAAAAGAUCAAGAACGAUGAACAAAAGAUUGAUGGCGUAAAAUCGUUAAAAAGUGCCCUGGAUUACGUUUUGGAUGAUGGGUUCGCUCAUGUGGACCCAGAGUCAGUGACAGAGUCCUUUGCAGUACUGGUAUUCGCAGCUACACGGGAGGCUUAUAACAUCCGAUUCCCCCUGAAAGAAUAUGUCAUCACACCGGAACUAACAAAAAGUAUGUCUAAGUUGAAACAUUCAGUGCUGGUUAAGGUUUAUGGCCUAGACAGCAAACCAAUGAAGGUGAGCGGAACGGGUUGCGUAUACACUUCACCAGCGGUCUCUCUCGAACCCAUAAAAACCUUGGCUAAGGGCAAAAUGACCAAGUUUCAUUUUUUAAACCCGGAUACACCUAUGGCAUCAUCGGAAAAGAUGUACUAUGUUUAUAAAUUUGGUGGAGUUGCCAAGAAGAUUACUGACAACAAGAUGCCACCUGGUAGGGGUUCCUUGAAGGGACUGACAUCCUCAAAUGAAAGAACUCCGGAACGAGAUUCAUUUGAUGUAUUCCUCCAGCUCCUUACUCAAGAUGUGUAUUCUUGCACACAAUUGGGUUCUAAGGUCGAUACGUUCACAAAACUUGUAUAUGACUUCAUGGGACAAGUGCGUGAGACGUUGGCUCGUCAGAACUUGAUAGUUGCUUCUUGUGUCAAAUUUGACGACGCCAAGGGUGCUGAGAGUCCAGAUACAAAAUACAACCUUGUUCACAUGGGCAUGACUUUGCGUGCGGUGAUGGCGCCCACAUUGUUACCCAAAGCAGGCACCACCGAAGUAGAUGGCACUUGCAACAUUUCCACUCUGUACGAAAACAUGCCUCGCACACUUCACUACGACCCUGAAUUUAAAUACAAAAGGGACUUGAAGGAAGAAAUAGAAAAACCAGUUUUGAAAUCCGGAGCUGAUAUCGAGAAGAUGCUACUGUCAAAACAAAAAUGA